CCUUAUUAUUCCGUCACACUACAUCUUUCUUUUCUUCUUUUUCUUUUCUUUCUCUUUCUCUUUCUCUCUUUCUGUCUCCUGUCACACAACAAUGACUUUGUGUGUUAAACCCCGAAUUUUUAUGAAGUAAUCAUGUCCCGCUCAAAUACAUACAUAUAGUGUCAAACAAAUGCAACUCUUGCACAACGUGUUACCAAGUUAAUAGUAAUAAUAUCUUACUCACACGGGGGGUGGUCUUUUUUCUUUUUCUUUCCUUCCCUUUCUCUUUAAACAUAGUGUUGCCCAAGAUUCAUAAAUUAUUGCUAAGAAAAAUGGGAGCCAAGCAUUCAAGGCAACAUAUGAUGAUGAAUGGACACUAUCGAAGAGAAAGUGUACAUCAACAACAACAACAACAACAACAGCAACAGCAACAGCAACAGCAACAGACGGUCACUUCAACAUCUCGAUCCACUGCUUCUAUUACCAUUGAAGGUAGACACUAUUAUCAUGAUGAAAUCUCAGGUGUCUACAUGUUACCUCGAGAUGAAAUAGAACAAGACCGACUCAAUUCUCAACAUUUCUCAUUAAAAGCAUUCUAUGAAGGUAAUGUUUUACCUUCUGUAAAGAAGCUGAUACCAGCUGAAGCAAAAGUGCUUGAUAUUGGUUGUGGGUCCGGUAGUUGGGUGAUGGAAAUGGCAGUUGAUCAUCCACAAUUUAAAGUCAUAGGCUCAGAUAUAGCAGAUAUGUUUCCUACGACGAUUCGACCUGAAAAUGUAGAAUUUGAACUCUAUAAUGCAGUCAAGGGACUACCUUAUCCUGAUAACACAUUUGACUAUGUUCAUAUGCGACUAUUGAUUUCGGCCUUCGGUAAAAAUGACUGGCCUUUUGUUAUAAACGAAAUCUAUCGGGUACUUAAACCAGGCGGACUUGUUGAACUCGUGGAGUCGGAUUUUACAGAAAAAUCAAGCAACCCUGUUGUAGAAGCAUUUAAUCAAGAACUCAUUAAGGCCUUAGAAGAAAGUGGACAAGAUGCACAUAUUGCGCCUAAAUUACCUGAUCUUUUGACGCAUGCUCAUUUUGAUGUGAUAGAAGUCAAUACGAAAUACUUGAAUUAUGGUUUGCCAUUAGACCCUAUUUCCCGAGAAAUGCUAAGCAAUUGGAAAAGUGCCAUGUUAUCAAUAAAACCAUUGCUUGCUCAUAGAAUGAGUGCAGACACCGACAUGUUCCCUGCUAUUGUGGAUCGAUACAUAGAAGGAAUAACUCAAGCAGGCUGGAGAGUCAACAUGUGGGCUGUUUGUGGUCAAAAACCAACGGAACCUUUAUCUUAAUACUAGUUAAUAAUAAAAAAAAAAAGCCCAUCCUCCUCCUCCUCUUCAAG